AUCGCAGCCUGCUAUUCCCACUUCCGGAUUCAAUUGCCAAAGCUGAGGAUGGCAAAGCAUGAUCCAGAGCCAGGAUCACUCCUCUUUCGGGCCCUGGCCGAAGCAGAAGGCCGGCAAGGGGCCAGGCAAAGCGUCGUCCUCGUCUUGGAAGAGCUUCGGAUGUUCGCAGGGAGCUCGGUGAAGAGAUGCAAGGAGAGAAACCUGGAUAAGGCUCUCCAGAUUUUGGCCGGUAUGAGCAAAGGAUUGUGGGAACUGGACGGUGAUGCCAUACUCCCAUUGGCACGCUGCGUCGUGGCUUGCCAAAUGGAGGCCGCCGGCAGCUCCAGCACUUUCUGCCGACUUGAGAAGAUCAUCGCAAAAUUAGCGGAAGGGAAUGAAUCCUUGGUCUCCAAACAAGUGAACGAGUUCAUGGACUACUUCUCCAAGGACAACGAGCCGUUGUCGCCUCAUACUUUGCAGACAGUGUGCAUAUUUAUCGAGGAAAGUACAAUGGGGCGAAAGUACUGGAAAAACAAGCUGAUGCUGCUGUUGCAAUGCAUUGCUGCCACCUUUGAUGUCAUCCUGAAGGACCCAAGCGCCAGGAAUGAGGAAUGGCAGCACCUUACAGUUAAGAUCUGCCUGCAGCUAUUCAAGUGGAUGCCAAAGGAGGUUUCGACGCUUGCGUGGGAUGGGGCGGACAAUGCCGAUGUCUUGCAAAGGAUUCUGGGAUCUCUGCUGCAAAUCAUGGCAGGAAAGGCCGCUAGCAAGGACACCCGUCUUCUGGUGGGCAUUGCUGUGAGUAUGCUGGUGAAUACAGCGCCCAAGCCACUGCAAGGAGCCAGAGCAAUUCUGAGCCUCUAUCGUUUGCUGGAUCGAGGUGGUGGUUUCAUUGUCCAAGAGGCGGAGGGGACAAUUAUGAAGGUACCCGCAAUGGACAACUACAAAGGGGAAUACUGGUUUGGAAUGCUCCGUGUGGUUCCCUCUGCUUGGAGUCCGGAUGGUUUGGAGACAUUGGUUUUGACUCGGGGUUUGUUGUCCUGUUGCAAGAAGGAAAUCCUGAGCUGCCGUCUGGACGGCCACAAACAGGAGAACACCUUUCUAGGUACUCCGGUGCCAUUCUGUGGUCAACUUUUCUUUCUGCAGUCUUGCCUCUUGCUGGAUGUGCUUUUCCCAGUCGUUUUAGCCUUAAUGGAAGAGCCAAUGGAUCGCCACUACUACUGCUUUCAAGUUUUCUCUCUGUGGCUUCAAAGUUUCCGAGAAAAUCUGGAUGAAAUUUGGAAAGCAGCGGGUGGCCGGGUGCUGGGCGACAAUUCCAGCCUGCUCCAGAGACUGACCCAGUUGCUCUGGAACAAUGCAGAGAGCCCGGUGGAAGGGAUCUCUGAGUCCAUCCGCUGCUCCUUCCAGCUGCUCUUGGAGAGCUACAGUCUGGAAUGUGACCACUUUGAAGCCCGGGAAAGACCCUUCUUUGAAGAAGUGCUGCAGAGGAUGAUCCUAAUGCCCUGGCAGGCUAGAGCCCGAUACUUCGCCCUUGUGUCGGUUCUCCCCUACUUGGGCCCCGAAAAAGUUCUCGAUCUCUACAAGGAACUCCCAGGGCACCUCUUGAGCUGCCUUUCAACCAACCACUUGUGCCCAGUUGCAGCGGAAGUGUACAAAACCUUCCUGCAGCUGCAGCGUAAAGCCUGGAUGGAAGGCCACGGCCACGUCUCAGAGGAGGAACUGUCUCAGAAGUGGGCCUGCCCUUGGCUUCCAACCCUGUCCAUCGCCUUGAUGUCUCCCAACACUUUCCUUCAGAACCAUGCCUCCAGCCACCUCCUUGGCUGCACCUUGCGGCUCUUCCCUGCCUCUUCCGCCUUGCUGGCAGAAAGCUUUUGCGGCGGACAUGCCUCUCAGCUCUGGGCCUGGGUGGCCUUGGUGAAUGCUCAGAAAGCAGUCACCGGGGCCUUGCCUGCAGACACUGCAACCCUGGAGAGACUGGCCUCGUGCUUCUCCUCCAAGGAAGAGAACAUUCGCCUGGCCGCACUGGGCUUGUUGUGUGCCACCCCCAGAACCAAUCAAGCCCUGACCGGAACAGAAAUCCGUCUCCUGCAGGAAUUCUUGCUGCUCAACCUGAACUGCGACUCUUCUGCCUUCCGGCAGCUGCUCCAAGCAUCCAUGAAGAAAGCUUUGGUCAGGAUGAGGGACAGCUCCCUUGCCAUACUUAGAGCUAAAGCCCCGAACAAGAAAUCUCAAAGCAACCUGGAAGUCUCGGUGCAACCUGGAGAACACAGAGACAGCUCUCUGAUACAAGCGGUAGAUUUCGUUGAGUGGCUGAUGCAGCUCUGCCUGUCCUCUGUGACGCCAGGGUCCAACUACCAGCGGAGGAAAACCUCCCUCCUUCUGUUGACAGCUGUGAUGGAAACCUGUACUGACACAUGGAGUCCAGAGCGGAAGAAGGGACAGCCUCCACGCAAUAUGGCCAUGCUCCUAAACUGGGCCAGAAGCAAGGGCUGCUGGGAUUAUUUUUGCCAAGCCAACACGCUGACAUUGCUGAGCUGUUUGCAGGACAGUACGAAUGAGAUCCGCGAAUUGGCAUCAGAGCUGCUUGUCUGCUACUUCCCACCAGCUUUCCCGACAUCCAUUACUGUCGCACUGUUUCAGCAGGCCCAAGAAGCCAUCAGCAGCCCCCGGGUUCAGGAGGCAGAAUCAGGGGCCGUGUUGAUGAAAACCAUCCUUCAAAAAUUAGAUGUCUGUGCUUUGAGACAGCUAUUCCCAGCAGCCGAGGAGGAGCUGGGGGAGCAAGGCCAAUGCCUCUGUUUCCUUGAGCAUCUUUUCAGGGUGCUGCAUGACCAUUUUGCCAUUGCUCGCCAGAACUUGUUGCAAGCUGCCUGCACCACACCAAUCCAUGGUGUGGUUUUGGCUCUACGGCGAUGUCUACUCGAGGUCCCAGAAGUGCUGGACUCUAUGCGGAGGUUGCAGCUGGCACCACGUUGGCAAGCGUUCCUCAAUGACUUGGUGAAUACCGCCAAGGACAUCAACAGCUUUCUCCUGGGCAUGUUACAAGGGAAGCCGUCAUCAAGCACAGACCAAUCAGCCUCAGCACCUUCCUUUGCAGACAUGGGCAAUGCAAUCGGGUCCCUCAUCCAACUUGGGAAGGAGUGGGGAUCGCCAGAGGCACUGGAGGAAGAUUCGGUCCUGCUUUCCGAGGAACACAGUCUCAUCCUCACCUGUUGCUGGGUCUCCGUGAAAGAAAUUGGGCUGCUCUUGGGAGGCCUCAUUGAGAAGGUUUUGCCACUAGCGCCACCUGGAGACUGCGGACAACUCCUGCCACUUCAGGUGGUCCAUCUGGCUGCCGAGAUCUUCCAGGAUACCUUGCUGAAGUGCCGUCACUGGGGCGCAGUGGAGGGCUGCAGCAUGGGAUUCACUAAAUUCUGCACUGCUUUGCUCAGGCAUCCGGACCAAGAACUGCAAGCUAUCCCAGAGACAAUGCAAACCCAGGGCUUGGUGUUGUUAAGGAGCCCCAGAAGCAGGUCCAUUACUCGCAGGGCAGCUGGUUUCCCAAUGCUCUUCCUCUGCAUCGUAGCUGGAGAAGACCCCACCAAGUCGCGGCCUCUUUUGGCGAGUUGUGUGAAGACAUUGUUGGCCUUGGCCAGUGAGCCUCUUCCCUGCAACUGGGACCAGACAGUGGACCUGCCUCAGGUCUCAGCGGUGCAUGUCUUGCAGACGCUGGUCCGUGGUUCGGGGCUUGGAACAGCUCUCCACAAAUACAUUGCCCCCAUGUUGACACUGCUGCUCCAGGCCCUCAGCUCCCCCAGCUGGGCCAUGAGAAAUGCAGCCAUCCAGCUCUUUGGCGCCUUGACGGUUCGUCUUCUGGGCCAAAAGCGAACGCGGGAAGACAGCGCUAGCCAAGAAGGGCUGAGCUCCGAAGCCUUUUUCAGCUCCUAUCCUCAGCUGAGGGGCAUUCUGCUUGAAGAAUUGACCUCAGCUGUAACCGGAGGGACUCAGAGAGGGAAACUGUGCUUGUACCCCUCACUCUAUGCCAUCCUUACCUUCCUGGCCAAACUGCAGCCGAGUGCAGACGUGCCAAACAGCGAUUCCAUUUGCUUCCUGGAGUCUCUGAUCCAGCUUUCAGGAAACCCCAUUUACGCUGUGCGGAAAAUGGCGGCCCGGGCCUUGCUGCCUCUAGUCCCUCGGAGUAACUAUGGAAAGGUCCUCUUGCAACUGACCUCCCAUUUGCCACAACCUGAGGAUAUGCUGUCUCAUAAUGCACUGCAUGGAUGUCUGCUGCAAAUCCUGGCGUUGCUAACGCGGGCUCUGCGGGUGAACUGUCUCUCUUCUGAUGCCUUACUCACCAUCACUUGUCAGAUGGAAGACCAUCUCUGGCUUCUCACCAGGCUGCAGCGAUGUCACUUGGUCCGCACAGUCUAUCUCCAAGUCAUCUCCCUACUGAUGGGAAGCUGUUCCCAAAGUUUUGCCCAACAGGUUUGGAAGAUUGUGAGUUCUGAAUUAGCUGACUGUCAAUUCCAAGAAAAAGGCAGCAACUCUCCAGUUCAGGUGGGUUUGACUACCUUCUACCAAGUCGGUGCCCACUUCCUUUGCCAGGAGGCAGCCAGGCUGGGAUGUCCCAAAAGAGUCAGCAAACUUUGCUGGUUCCUUCGAAGGGGGAAUGUUGACGUGCAAGUAGCCAUCUUGAUGUGGGUUAAUGAUCAGGAGGAAAGAACAGGACUGGAGCUCGGCAAAGGCCUGCAGCUAACACUACUGGAGAAUCUCGAAGAGGUGCUGAAAGGCGAGACCAACUGUGUGCUUCUGAAACUGUACCUGGAGGCUUUUGUGCAUCUCCACGGGGAGCCCCUGUUUCAAAAUCAUCCUUUUCCACCACUGAGUGCUGGGUACAAAGAGUGCACGGAGAUCCUGUUAUCCAUGGUGGAAAGUGACCAUCUCAGCCCAGAACUUCUGGGACAGGCACUGUGUGUCCUUGCUUUUCUCUUGACACUGAGUACCGAGGAUCAUUCCAUAUGGGAACGAUGGGGCGCAGUCAUUGAAAAGUGCAGCAAAGCUGUUGCAUUGGAAGCACUCAGAAUAGCAGCAGCCAAAUCGCUGAAAAUAGCAGGCGGGGAUCUGAUUUGGAGAGCCCAACAAUCCUCUAGUUCAGCUCUUCGCAGCAUGGCUCUACGUAUAAUCGAUGCUGGCUUGACCCUCCUCCAAGAUGAGGACCACGCCGUGAGGCACGAAGCCGCCAUCUUUGCUAGCCUCCUUGCAGCGCCACCUCAAAACAGUUGUGUUUUGCUGCAGGCGAACAAAGCCUUGCUUGGCCUGCUGCAACUCUCGCUGGAAAAGUUUGGGAGCGACCCGGAAACUUUUGCAAUGUUGGUUCGUCAUCUGCACACAGCUCCUCUCAGUAGGGCCUUAACUGAGCUUGAGUCCAAGGGGGCUGUUAGUCUCUACAAAGAGGAUGAGCCAAACGUUUACGCCGAGCCAGGGGUCCUCUCCCAGACGCUGCUGCCCUUCCUCCUCCAGCUCCACAGCCGGGCAUCCAGCUCCCCAGAGCUUCAGAUGGCAAUGUCCAACUGGCUCAAAGUCACCGGACCCGAGAUCUUUUCGGACCUCCAGCGCUGCAAGCUUUGGUGGCACCAAGAUCGUGACACUUCCUUGCUCCUGAAAUCCCUGGCUUGCCCAAAAGUACACAUCGCUGUCUCAGCGCUGCUGGCCACAGCCGCCCUUGCACUCCAUAUUUUGGAAUCGGCAGAAGAAGGGGAAGUGCCCAGUGUGGACAGGAUCAGCUUUACUUCCCAGGAGCUGAGAGAGGAUGUUCUGUCUGUGCAGGAAGUGCUCAGAGGACAUGGGAUGGCACCUGCCAUUGCUGCAGCAGGAAGCAAGAGAGACACCUGAGGAUUUCUGAACGCAGAGGAGAGGCAGACAGAGAGAAAGGAAGAGAGCUGCCAUCCUCCUUCCCUUCUCUAUUUUGCAUCUUCUUGCCUCAGAUGGGGGAAGUUACUGUUCCAAGAUGUAGUUGGGUGCAUGCCUUUGGCUGCCACUUGGCCACAAAGGGAUACUACGGUCACUCCUUUGCUUCCCUGGCUAAACCACAGAGCUGGGAUAUCAAGUUAGGCCAGAGACUUGAGACAGGCCAUUGGCCAGAGUUAGCAAAAGGAUCCACACUGGUACCCAACUCCUUCCAUUCUGACUAACACACCUGUUCUGAUCAGCGUUGGUGGCCUAAACUAUACUCUUCAGGGUCAGAAGACUUGUUGUAAGUCAAGAUUGCACAAACGGUAACCAGAAGUGGGUUGUUGUAGGUUUUUCCGGGCUAUAUGGCCAUGUUCUAGAGGCAUUUUCUCCUUACGUUUUGCCUGCAUCUAUGGCAAGCAUCCUCAGAGGUUGCUUGCCAUAGAUGCAGGCAAAACUACCUCUGAGGAUGCUUGCCAUAGAUGCAGGCAAAACGUCAGGAGAAAAUGCCUCUAGAACAUGGCCAUAUAGCCCGGAAAAACCUACAACAACCCAGUGAUUCCGGCCAUGAAAGCCUUCGACAAUACAGGUAACCAGAAGUGUUUUCUUGAGUAGUUGUUGGGAAGAGUAUCUGAUUCAAGUGCCCCACGUGUGACUGAGUUUUACUAUUUUCAGCAUUUUGCUCUUUGCUCCUGUUAUAAGAAGCUCUAAUGUUUGUUUCGGAGGGCUGAACAAUGUGUUGAUUGAUGGGAUUCUCAUUUUAAUAAAGCAUUUUUAAAAACCAA